UCGAGACCCUUUAGAUCUAGAUCUAGAUUACAUCAUUUGGUUCUCUAAAAGGCCACCAUGGUUUUAGAUCAAGACGAAGGAAUUUUAUUUCUAUUAUCACAAAGUUGAAUAGAAAGAAUACUAAGAGGUUUUCUCCGCAAUAUCGACAUGUCUUUUAGAUGACAAUUCGUUGUUCAUUUAAACUUUUAGAAUAUAAAAGCCAAGGUCUAGACUAGAUCAGACCAGUUUCAAGAGUUUGUAAGUUUGUUUUGUGUUGACAACAAGCCUUUUACUUUAGUCUUUCAAAUUAAACGUGGACGUAUUCAACAACUAGAUCUAGUGAUGAUGGAUUCUAAAUCGACAAAGUUAGUUUUGUCGUCGCCUAAUAACACUUCAUCAAAUACUAAACAAGGACUAUUACCACAUAUACAAUAUGAACAUCUGGCAGCUGGUGUACUAGGUGGAGUGGCUUCUUCUCUUGCUCUUCAUCCUCUGGAUCUUAUUAAAGUUAGAUUUCAAGUUGAUGAAGGAAAGGGUCAUGCUGCUGUUCUAAGACCUCAGUAUCGUGGUGUCAUAGAUGCUUUUCGCUCGAUUGUUCAUUCUGAAGGCUGGAAAGGACUGUAUCGUGGAGUUACGCCUAAUGUAACCGGAGCUGGACUGUCAUGGGGACUUUAUUUCUUUUUUUACAAUACCACAAAAAGUUGGAUGCAAGAAGGGGAUUCAAAUAAAAAUCUAGGUCCAGGAAAUCACUUGUGGAUCGCCAGUUUUGCUGGUCUUGCAACUUUGAGUUUGACCAAUCCUAUUUGGGUUUCUAAAACACGCAUGUGUCUGCAUUAUGGAAGUCCUGGAAAUGUCCAGUUUUUGGGCAUGUGGGAAACACUGAGUAAUGUAUACAAGUCGGAAGGAGUUCGUGGACUGUAUCGGGGUUACUUGCCAGGUAUUUUUGGAAUCUCUCAUGGUGCUGUACAGUUUGUGACUUAUGAAGAAAUGAAAACACUUUAUAACAGCUAUAGAAAUCAGCCUCUGAAUACUAGAUUGACGUCUGUUGAAUAUUUAACAUUUGCUGCACUUUCCAAAAUGGUAGCUGCUGCCACAACCUAUCCAUAUCAAGUUGUGAGGUCAAGGUUACAAGACCAACACCGUCAGUACAAAGGAGCCUGGGAUGUAAUCAGACAAAUUUGGGUGCAAGAGUCAUGCCGUGGUUUGUUCAAGGGACUGAACGCCUACAUGAUUCAUAUAGUUCCCAACAUCAUGAUUGUAUUUGGCAUCUAUGAAACUGUACUCAACCUGCACACCGAGCCAGAUAUUGACACUUUGGAGGAUGUUUGAUGUUGGCUUCAAUACUGGUUCAUGCUGUUUUUAUCUCCACAUUUUUUGACCUGCACAUCUUCAGUUCCUGACCUGUAGUUCUACAACAGUCUGCGACAAAGAUUUUUAAAACCAGGCAUCCAACUUUUUAAAAACUGGUAUAGAUCUCUCCUGGGGCCAAUAGAAUUGCAACCAAAGUAUUUGCUUUCGCAGCACGUCCAGAAAUUUCAACUUAUUAUAGUAUUUAGUUGGUCUGUUUUUUUUUCAGUCGACUGUACUAGUCAAUGUAUAGGUACUCUAUUGUGUUUGACUUUGAUAUUUUAGUUAUCUAGAAACUAAACUUUGAUCAUUAUUUAUGAUAAGGAGGCACCCUGAUUUACGAAAAUUGUUUUUUCUGGUUUGUGUAAGAGUGAAGAUUUUUUUUAUAAAGAGUUAACAUCAGUGUAUGAAAUUUUUUUUUUCAUUAUUUAAAAAUGAAAUCCAUAUUCUCAACACACCAUGAGAUGAAAAUGUUAUGAUGUGCAGUGUGGUAGUUACACAAAAAUGCCUGUGUGUGAAAUUUCAGAAAAAAAACCUUUUUUUUGUGUCUCCAUUCUGAAUCAAAACAAACUUUUUUCAAGUUUUAGAUUUUCUCUCUGUGUAAAUAAUCCUGACCUCAAACUGCACAAAGAUUUUAAUUUAAUGUCAAUUGUACAUUGUUUGCUUGUUCGUUUGAAAGAUAUUAAAACUGUUAGACAUGUUUGUACAUAAUAAUCAUAUCUUCAUGUCAAACAUUCCAGGCCCAAAUUCCUGGUGAUAGUCAUAUAUGGAAUACUCCACACAGGGUAGACAGUCAACAGAGAGACGAGAAAAAUGUGUUUAUUUAAAGCCUUUACUCCUCAACUUUUGGGGGUAUUUUUUGUUGGUUGUACUGGGUUUUUUGUUCUUGUGUGUGUGGCACUUUUUGUUAUUUGCAUAGUUGAACUCACUAUAUGAUUAUAUAUAUAUAUAUUCUAUAUAGGAUUCACAUCCUGUAAAGAUCUGUAUUUAUGAAGAUGAAAAAUUAAGAAAAAUUUUUUGAAUUAUUAUUAUUAUUCAAAUAAUAAGUUUAUUAUUUGAGAAUUGCUUAAUUUUUUUUCUAUACAUAUUAGCAAAAAAAUAUUAGAGGAGCCAAGUAUUUAAUAUUCAGGGGAAAAAAACUUAUUUUCAAUUAUGUCUCGAGUACAUGAAAAUCUCUAAUUACUGAAUAGACUGGAAUAGUAUUAUGCAAACAUGUAAGUAAAACUUAUUGGACUGAAAAUACAAACUAGAGGAAAAAACUAUUAAAAAUUAUCAUUUAUGAUAGCUCGUAGAUAUUUUAAAAUUAGAUCUAUGAUUCGGAUAUAUUUUUUUGUUUUCCAUCACAAAGUAAAACUUUAAACAAAACAUUAAAGUUUAAUAAUUUUAAAUUUGUGUAGAUAUGAUUGAUCGAAUUUGAAAAAAAAAAAAGUUUAUUUUUUUUUUUUUAUUUUUUUUUUUGUCUUUUUAAAAAAUCCACAUGAAUUGUUUUGAAACUGAACUCAAUCACAACUCACUCUUCCACUCUUGGUAAAGAAUUUUUGUCAUUUUGGUCUACUGUGAAGAAAAGCUGAUCUAUAUAUAAUGGUAGUUAUACUCACGUAUGAUUCCUCCAAAAUUCAACUUACUUCACUCUUGGUAAGUGUCAAAACUCCUUUCUUCUCUAAUAACCCUUCUCUAAUAUGUACUUCAAUGGUGAUUACUAAAUGUACUUAAGUCCUGGGCAAUACCGUAAUGACGCAUAUAAAGAUUCAGAAUGCCAAUUCACGGAUAUAUAACACGUUUAUUACAUACGCUGUAAUAUAAUACAUGCUCAGUUCAGACAAUUGAAAUAUCCAGUAUGAAUUAAAAUAUAACAGCUCAAUAUCCCAUAGACUGAAUAAUGACUACACAGAAAAUAAUUAGAGUCUACACUUCAACUCUAUCUAUAACCAAAAGUCCAACUGUCCUGGACUAGGAACAAAACCACACUCCUUUUUUAUUAGUUACAUUCAAAUAAAAAAAACCAUCUCACAAAGUAAAACAAUCCAAAACAAAAACAGUUUUGAAGUCAACAACCUGAAUUGCCCCCCUUCUCCUCUGCAGUUUACAGUAGACCCAGGCUGACCAGAAAGAAUCGAAUAUGCUUUACUAACAGAGUAGAUCCUCAUUGGUAGACUGACUAAACAUGCUUCACAGAUUUUACUGAACCUUUUUAAAAGUCGCAACAUGUGUGAGUUUCUUUUUCACUAACAUUCACAGUAUAAAGGAGACACUUAAGUAUUUCUCAAUGCCUCUCUCUUUUCCUCUAGUUGAAAAUAUGCUUUAGUACAAAAAAAAUAGCUUUUCAUUUAACUAUUCUUUGUGACUUUUGCGAGCAUCUGUCUCAUUGAUCUAAAAGCAAAUAUUUUCUUGACUUCACCAUCACCUACCCCUUAGUCUGUUGAACUAUAGGAACACCACACAAGAGCUGUCAACCGUCUUUCUCCAUUCCUCUCUGUCCUUUGACUUGGAUAGAAUUUCAUUCACUGACAGGACUGUACUUUCUUUGAUGUUGUCUUCCCAUCGCUUUCUCUGUCUUCCUCUUCUUCAUCUUCCUGGUAUUGUUCCCUGAAGCAAGGUGUGCGGGCCCUUGACUAAACCUAUGAAACUUAACCUAUCACAACUAAUACAAUUUGUAGGAUAAUUGGAAAUUUCAUAUAGCCAUAUGUGGAUCCACUGGCGAAAUCUGAGGUUAAACAUACGGUAUAUUUUUAUGUAAAAUUGAUAAUGAAAUCUGGUAAAAUUUACUCAGUUCUUUAAAAUUCUUUAGAAUUUCAUCUAUUUUUCUGGCACAUGCACAUAUAUAUUUAUAUAUAUUUAUAGCUUUUAUAUAGCGCCACUUUCAUGCUUUUAGCAUGCUCAGAGCGCUUUUGGUCCAAUCUCAUUUGUGGACCAGUGGGGGGGAGGGGGUAUCUAGGAGUUGGAUUUCCGUGCUACCUUUAGGCGCUCAGUAAACACAACUCUGCCCGAGUCGGGUGUCGAACCUUGAGCCCCCUUCUAUGUAGCCAAGCCAAGCCAAGUUCAAGCGCACUUAGCCUCUCGACCACGCUUCCCACAUAUCAUUUAUAUGUGUUGUAGCAUUUUUCCAUUCAAGAAGGAUGACCUGCUUGUCCAAUCUAUGCAAGGGAGAAAAAUGAUGUCCAUCUGUGAGUAGUAAAAGAUUAUAAAUUGAAAAAACAAAAAUCUGUUUUUUGACUUUCAUUUUAGGGUUGACAUGUUUUUGUUUAAACUGGUCAUUGCCGAAUCCCUUCAUUAAAAAAAACUUGAUAAUUUUUAAGUGUAAACUACAAAUGUUACAUAAGUAUUAUUUAUAAAAAAUGUAGAAAAAUCAAUUUUGAAGUCAUCUUUUGCACACACACCCCCCCCCCCCCCCACACCCCCCACACCACACCCCAACCUUUGAAAAUAAUUAUCAGGGAGUAUGUAAAAGUAGUGUAUGACUUGCAGUGGUGUUGAGAACUGAGUGUGUGGAUGUACCUGGUGAAGAGAAGAAUUACAUUUCAUUUUUAUUUAUUACAUCCACUUUUGAUUUAUUAUGUAGUUUGAGUGCAUCCACCGACCUAUUUAUUGAUUGACAGGAAUAUGAUCAUCCGUUUGUGGGAUGGCACUGUUGUUUUAUUUAGUGCUUGAAACCUGCUUGUUCAAACGGUCUCAUUAAGUAGACCUCAAAGUUGGAAACAUUUUAUUGCUGUUUUUUUUUGCCCUUCCACAUGCAAGUACAUGACCAUGACACAAUUGUCCUUAUGUUCAUGCCACAUCCCUUUUUACAUGUUACCUACACCAUGUGUAUUGGUCCCCAGAAAACAUUACUUCUGGCAUUUGCUAAUAAAUGACUUAUUUCAAGUUAAACCUAUAGCUUGGCCUACCUUUGACAUGACAACAAGCAGAACAAUGAAGUGAUCAAUGUGUUGAUUCCUUUUUAUGAACAAAUCAUCACCCACCUAUGUCUUUAUUUAUAUGUAUAUUUUAUUUAUUGGUUUGAAAAUGAGGCUUUUCUUUGAAUCUGAAAACUAUUGAUGAUUAUUGCAAGUGAUUGCAGUCCCAGCUGCGACCUACAUACUUUGCCACAUCCAGCGCAGACAUAACUGUUGUCCGACGGUGGUCCAUUUAGGUUCUCUUUUUGGCGUCUGUCUGUCAUUGUCAUUGGAUUUUCUUUUGGUCUCUAAUGUAUAUCCCGUAGCCUUUGUAAGAAGCCUCCAUGCUUAAUGUAUUAUAGUUUAUGUAAACUUCACUCCUAGUGGCCAAUUUAGUCAAGUUUGAAAAAUUUAGCAAUUCAAUUACUGGUACUUUAAAUGUCGAUCCUGUGGCCAAUUUAGUCAAAUUUUAACUCUUAUUAUACAAAAAUAUUUUUUUGUUUUAGUAUAUUUAUUUUUUGCAUCUUGUAGUAAUUUUUAAUUAGCUAAAAAGUACCAUUAAGCUAUACAUUUUAUUAUUUACUGAAUACAACGUAAAUUAUUUAAAACAUUUAAUAGUGGCUUUAAACUCUUAUUUUUUAUUUUAAAAAAAUGUCUCAUAGAUAAACAUCUAGCUGCCAAUCUCAUAGAUAAACAUCUAGCUGCCAAUCUCAUAGAUAAACAUCUAGCUGCCAAUCUCAUAGAUAAACAUCUAGCUGCCAAUCUCAUAGAUAAACAUCUAGCUGCCAAUCUCAUAGAUAAACAUCUAGCUGCCAACUGCCUGCAACUUUCAGUCUUUAAAAUUUGACUACCAUAGUUGUGAAGUAAGCUAAACUUAGAUCCUAAAUACAUAUAAAAAAAGUAAGAAAAACAUAACUUUUGAAAGUACAGAAAGCCUAUUUUUAUUUUCUUUUAUUAUGAAAAUGCACAAAAAAAUAUUUUUUUUAAAUUACUUAUUUAACUAGACUUAAUUAGAUUUCUCUGUUUCUUACAUAAUAGCUUAUUUAGUCAAUGUCACAAACAUUAACCUUAACCUAAACCUUAACCUAAAAUAAAAUGGUCUGUGUGAAAUUGAUUUUUGUGAGUUUUUCCAUCGGCGAGAUAUUUUGAAGUACUGGCUAACCCCAAGACUUUUGAUAUUUAGACAAUCAUGUAAACACGUUAAGUUUUAUUUUUCUAACAAGAGACACUUGUAACAGUUACAUUAAAUUGAUGACCACAAAGGAAAAGAACGCAAAAAAAAAAUAUAAAAUUUUUAUUUUGUGUAAAGUUUUGUACUAUGAAAUUAAUUUUUUUUAUUAAUUCGACAAAUUUUUUUUUAGAAAUAUGUCUAAACAGAAAAAGCCCUUGUUGAUGAUUUUUUUUUCUCUAAACUUUUGUUUUUGGGAAUCUUGCUUGUCAUCCAGUUUAUCUGUUGAAGUCAUCCAAUAAAUGUUAAUGUCAUCCAUGACUUUGUAUAUACAGUGCUAUGUUUUUUUUUUUAUUGGGUGUAGUCCCAGGUUUUUAGAUCUGACCAACGAGUAAAAAAAAAUAAAAUUGGUACGAACAAAUGAUAUUUUUUGGAAGCUUAAUUGUUUAACAGAAAUGUAUAAAUGAACUGACUUAAGAUAAUCCUGGAACUGAUGCGAAUACCUGUAUCUCUUUAAAAGUCUUAUUGAAUAGUGCAUAUGGUUGUCAAAUAGUUUUAUAGCUAUGUACAACUACAUUUAUUUCAAUGUAUUAUAAGCUCUUCUAGACUUCCUAGUCUGACAUUACGAACUGUUGUAUCUCUUGAAACAACUUUUUUUUCCCAAUGUCUCUGUAGAGAAUACAUUUAUAUUUUGGAUGUUUAUGUUUAUGCUUCUUGUUAUAUAUUGUGGGGAAAAAAAAAGAUUUUUAUCAAUUUGGUCAAUUUCUAUUAUUUGUAGGCUGCUUUCAUUAUUGGGCAUUUUGUUGGCCAGAUUUUCAUUUUUCACUGACUUUGAUAAAAGAGUAUUGCCAAGAGACAACUUAUUUGGAGGCAAUACUGCAUUGAUUUUGACUUCACUAUAAAUUGAUGUGUUUUAGAUGCUACAUGUGCUGAAUGAUGAGCUGUGUGUGAUAAAUGAUGGAAAUAUUUCUUAUAUUAAAAUACAGUGUUUAUUUAGUCUUGAAACCAA